ACCUAGUACUUGAUUUCCUUGUCUGACUCGCUGUGCAGCAAUGGCUGUUCCUCUAAGCUCAGGAGCUUCAGAGUUGAAUCUUAGGAUUGCUACUGCUCAUGCUUCAGCUGGUGGUCGCUAUUAUUACCAACGAGAACUCGGUAGAGGAGCAUUUGGCGUCGUUUUCCUGGCAAGAGACCGGAAACGUGACAUUGACGUCGCUGUAAAGCUUAUUGCCAUCCCUGCUGAGCUGCAAGUGUGGGACUUCUUGUCAUCUGCUCUUGGAAUGGGCGGCAGUCGUCUGGGAGAUGCGCAACGGGAAGCAAAUCUAUUGAGAAUGUUGCGCCAUGAUUACGUCAUUGGCUACAUCGAUAGCUUUAAGUUUCAAGCUGCUAGUUUGGUGGGUGUAGGAAUCGUGAUGCGAUAUUGUCCUGGUGGCAAUCUGAGCAGUUACCUGGUGAGAGAAGGCAAACCAAUCGAGGCGCGAAGACUUCGAUGGUGCAGGGAGUUGGCUGAAGGGAUGAAGUUCUUGCAUUCCAACGGCGUAACACACCGUGAUCUCAAGCCUGACAACAUCUUAAUCGAUUCUGAUGAGUGCCUCAAGAUUGCAGACAUUGGCUUGGCAAAAGCUGUAUGGGACAUGCAGGAGAACGCUUUUUCAGGUCGAUAUGCAAUAGGGAUGCCCUUGAAUCAAUACUUGACGUCGGUCAAGGGCACUCAACUGUUUGUUGCACCUGAAGUCUUUACUGGCCACUAUACCAAUUCAUGUGAUGUCUUCUCCUUGGGUUUAGUGUUCAUAAGUAUAAUUGAGGCACCGUGCAUAAGAAUAAAAGGCAAGGAUGAGUAUAUUGUGGCUCCAUUUGCUGUUUGGCAAGGCAGUGCAUAUGCUUAUGGGCCUCUUCUAAAUGAGGUUUAUUUGGCUCGACAUCCCAAGCCCAGUACACUUCUACCAAAUAAGAGUGCUUCAAAAGGAGAGACUCAAUUGAUUGACCAAAUGCUGCUUUUUGAUCCCAAGAAACGCCAUGAUAUGAAAGCUGUUGUAUCAACGCUGAAAUUUCUUGAAGAUGUCCAACAUAUUCCAAAGGUGGCUGUUCGAGCUCGUGAUCCACCACCAGAAUCAAAGUCAAGUUGUUGCAGCUAAAUCACAUACUGCAAACACGAUGUCAGAAGAUAGCGAUGCAGAUACUAAUUUGAUGUCUUAGUGUCUUUACAACCGUAAUUGUGUUGACAUUUUAGUCAAGUUCCAUAGCAGUACUAUUGCUGCUAGAGGAAUUGCUUUCUAGACAGUAUUUGUUCUCUAACUUUACAGUUAAUCUCACAUAUUUCUC